UUUGAUUAGCGCUCUGCUUUGAUAUUUUACCUUUGUCUAUGGUUAUACUUUAUAGUUCAACCAACGAAGCCGAUAGCGAAGCAUUUUUGCUUGGAUUUAGAUAUUUCAUAGUAUAAAAGCUAAAUUGUUUUGUUUUGGUGACCAUAUUGUUAGUAAAUUCCUAAUUUUUAAACAAAUAGGAAUAUUGAUUUAGUUAGUAAGUCUGUAGAGUGUAGGGUACUGUCGACCCUCGUGAUUUAACUUUACAGCUUCAAGAAAAAUAAAACAAAAUGUCGAUGGAUAUUCGUCCAAAUCACACAAUAUACAUAAAUAAUCUUAACGAAAAAAUAAAAAAAGAUGAGUUGAAGAAAUCACUUUAUGCUAUUUUUUCUCAAUUUGGACAAAUAUUGGAUAUUGUGGCAUUAAAAACUUUGAAAAUGAGAGGGCAAGCAUUUGUGAUAUUCAAGGAAAUAUCUAGUGCCACAGUAGCUUUAAGAAGUAUGCAAGGAUUCCCAUUUUAUGACAAACCAAUGAGAAUCCAGUACUCAAAAACUGAUAGUGAUGUUAUAGCUAAAAUAAAAGGCACCUUCCAAGAAAGACCAAAACGUCCCAAACUACCCAAAGGAACAGAUGAUAGUAGGAAGAAGAAAGCCAAGGAUGCUGGAAGACCUGGUGCUGUGCAUGGUGCUGGAGCUCCUGGCGUCCUUAACAAUGUCAAUGUGGAACAGCCUCCUAACCAAAUCCUGUUCCUCACAAAUCUACCUGAUGAAACAUCAGAGAUGAUGUUGUCUAUGUUAUUCAACCAGUUCCCUGGUUUCAAAGAAGUUCGUCUUGUACCAAACAGACACGACAUUGCUUUCGUCGAGUUUGGUAAUGAGAUGCAAUCGGCGGCAGCGAAAGAAGCGUUACAAGGGUUCAAGAUAACACCGACACAUGCAAUGAAGAUAACAUUUGCUAAAAAAUAAGAUUUAAUGUAGAAUAUUUCUUUAUGUAUUAAUAAAGUUUAAGACUAAGAGGACUGUUUUGAGCAUUGCACUUAGCCUAAACAGCCCUCCGGCUGGCUGUGAUACUAAAUUUAAGCCUGAA